GGUGUUGCGGUACUUGUUAGUUUGGUGAAUAUUGUGACUCGCUCAAAAUUUCAGUUUUAAAUGUUUUUUUAUCAACAAGCUAUUACAAAAUUUAACUAGUUUAAAGAUGUAGUUAUGUUUUGUUUUUGUUUGGGUCUGGCAGUUAAAAAACCGAUUUAUUUAGUAAUAGCUGAAUCGAGUAUAUGAUCUAUCGGAAACACAUGAGGUAAAAGUAUACUAAACUGUGAAGUCUUAAAAACGUAUCAGCUAAUCAUAAUACGUCAUCUGGCUACAAAAAACGUCAACAAAAGCAACGAAAUUGUUGCACAAUAUUGCACAACAAUUGUUAUAUGUAAUUAUGUGACCAUUGUAUGAAAUUUUGGUUUUUCAAAUCCCUAGUUGGACCUACUGUAUCCAUCAAUCCGGGUAAAACGCUAGAUGUUUGCUUUUCGUCUUCUCAAUUUCGUAGACAACACCCGCUGAGAGAAGCCAAGGGCGUAAUCGAACCAAGUACAUUGUGAAUGAUCUAAUAAGUAUCUCAAAUCAGUUUGACAAAUACAAAUGUGUGUGUAUUGACUGCAAUGACAGUUUAUUAUAAUCGAACGGUAAACUCAUAAAAGGAAUCAAAAUACUAAAUACUAGGAAAAAGCUUUAAGAUUAUACAAACAAUGUCUUGUCGACCUCAACUAAUUGGCAGAUCUCCUUUGGGACAGUUGAAGUCCGAUGGAUUAUUAACAUCGGGAUGUAAAUAUCAUUCAUGUCAAGGAAAAUUAACCAUUCCAAAUGUUUGUCAAGAUUUGGAAUUUUCAACUGAGGAUCUUGUGGAUGAAGGAGAAAUUGGUCGAGGGGCAUAUGGAUUUGUUAAUCGUAUGAUGCAUAGACCUACGAAAACAGUUAUGGCAGUUAAGCGAAUACGUUCAACGUUAAAUGAACGUGAACAAAGGAAUACAUUGAAAGAUUUAGAUGUUGUUAUGAAUUCAGCAAAUUGUCCAAAUAUUGUUUUAUUUUAUGGUGCAAUAUUUACAGAAGGUGAUUGUUGGAUAUGCAUGGAAAUGAUGUCUACUUCAUUAGAUAAAUUUUAUAAAUUUGUUUAUAAUUAUUUACAAUCAAGAAUACCUGAAAGUGUUAUUGGGAAAAUUACUACAGCUACUGUUUCAGCUCUCGAUUACUUGAAAACUGCUCUUAAAGUCAUACACCGAGAUGUAAAACCAUCAAAUAUUCUAAUAGAUUGUGACGGUAAUGUGAAAUUAUGUGACUUUGGUAUAUCUGGUCAGUUGGUCGAUAGUAUUGCUCGAUCACGUGAUGCUGGUUGUAAACCGUAUAUGGCGCCAGAACGUAUUCAUCCAGAGUUAAGCGCUAAUGGUUAUGAUAUACGCUCAGAUGUAUGGAGUUUAGGUAUUACCUUGAUUGAAUUAUCUACUGGACAAUUUCCUUAUCCAGCAUGGAAUUCCGUAUUUGAACAACUCACUUGUGUAUUACAUAAUGAUCCACCUAGUUUACCGGAAUACUUACCAAAAUCUAUUCAAACUUCAUCAUCAACUAUAACCCUUGUCAAUAUUGAAUAUUCCAAUCAUUCCAUAAGUAAUAAUUCAAAUGAAUCUUGUUCAUCAACAACAGAUUUUUCAUCUGAAUUUCGUGAUUUUGUCUCACAGUGCUUAGAGAAAGAUGUGAGAUGUCGACCGAAAUAUCAAGCACUUAUGCAUCAUCCAUUUUAUUUACGCUCAUUAACUGAAGUUAUUGACGUUGGAAAAUAUUUUCAAUCAAUAUUAGAUAAAGUUCCUCCUCAUAUAAAUAUGAAUGAAUUAAGUCAGACUAACAGUUGAUAUUUAUUUAUAUGAUCUAUGAUUGUCUCUUUGUAUAUCAUUCCAGUCACAUCGUAUUUACUCAAAUUAUAUCUAUCUAUCUAUCUAUGUAUGUAUGAAAGAGAUUUUACCGCGUAAAGUAAGACCGCUUUUUCGGUUUUAAAUUUCGCGCUGUGCAAAUUACUUUAGAUAAACACUGAAAUUAACUUUGUUUCAUAUUACAUUUCCAUUGUUGCAAGUGAUCUCUGUGUGUAUAUGUGGAUUCAUCUGAGUGCUUAUACAUAGAGUUUAUAUGUGGAGCGAAUCACUCUCUUUAUUUCUGGUUGUUUUCUUCAUUUUUCCUGGGGGGAACCGGUUUCAUUUAUUUUUCAUUAUUACCUUUUUCUUAUUGUAUAAAUUUAGAUAUAUGUUCAGAUAUUACUUAUGAAUAUAUGUGCAAUUCUAUGAUAAGUAGUAUUAUCAUAACUUAUUAUUCUUAUGACUGUUUGAUUUUCUGUAUACGUACGGGCUUGUAUAUCUGAACAAUUUCUUUGUUUAUUUCUUGGCUGUGACAAUUGAGUUUCUGUUAAUCUAUUGCUCUUAGAGACUAAGGCGCCAUCAUUAUGUAAUCCCAUUACUGUUAUACCAAUAUUAUUAUUAUUAUUAUUAAUGUCAUAAUCAUGACCUUUAAGUGUCGUGUUUUACGAGUUAUAUAAAUCUUAGGUAUUGUAUUUGCUGAAUGUUUUGUUAUGUUAUUUGAUAUGAAUGUAUGUAAGAUCUAAGUGUCAGUUUAG